GAGCCUCGGAGGGGUGUGGAGCUACACCCACCAGCGACCACACCUUACCUGUUUAACUUAUAUCAAUACAUCGCAUAGUCUUCAGACUUCUUACAUAGAAUCAUCAUGAAGCUCGCAACCGAAGAAGAACUUGCAGGACAUCAUGCCGCUACAGUUAGAGGUGCAAUUGAAGGUGUUGUCGCUGGUCUCGCUAUUUCCCUCCCUGGGUCAUACUACUUGCAUCGCCGAUGGGCCUACUACCGUGCCCUUCCCAUUCAACUCAAAGCGCUUGGUGUCGUAAUGGUCGUUGCUCCAUUAUAUGCUAUCCAAGCUGAGCGUCGUGGUGUCGAAUUUGACAAAAGUACAUGGACGGGUGCUGGUAAGAGGGAGCUUGACCGAUCGGAGGCUAAGGAGGAGGCUCGAUGGGAGAGGCUCACUACCAAAGACAAGUUAAAGACUUGGGCUUUGGAGAACCAGUACAAGGUCAUUUUGGGAAGUUGGGCUCUCAGUAUGGCCACUGCUGGUGUUAUUGUCUGGCGUAAUAAGUACCAGACUGGCCCGCAGAAGAUUGUGCAAGCCCGUAUGUGGGCACAAGGUCUCACUGUUGGCGUCCUCAUUGCCGCGGGUGUCCUGACACAGAGCUCAAGAAGAGCCGCAGUUGAACAUAGGGGUGAGGACCACUCAUGGAAGAACAUGGUGGAGGAGUUCCAAAAGGAGGAAGAGACACCUCAAAGGAUACAACUUCCCACUCGUGUAAUAGCCCCAGCACCCUCAUCUCACUAGACGCAUGUUUAUGCUCGCCUUACAGAAAGACUAGAUGGCUCGCCGAUUCUUGAUUGUCUACGACCUCUUCAUGAUAUCUGGAUACAUCAUCUUCAAACACUACGACAUCCUUUAUCUUCGCCCUUCUAUAAUUAGACAUCCUCGGACUUCUUCGCAUUUUGUAGUUGAACGCUGAUUCUGAUAUAUCAUUAUUCUCCUUUCUUUCGUCGUCAUGUAUUCAUUUACACAAUACAUCUCCCCUCAUGUGUACGAUAAUUUAC